AAGAAGAAAAAGAGAUGAAUGAUGAUAAGACACUUGUGGAGAGCUUGUGCUACAAACACUUCUUGAGUUAGUUUCUCUUCACAAUAUUUGCAUCAUAUAUUCUCUCUCUCUCUUGAAACACUUCAACACAGAGAAAGCAGUGGAUUAGAGUAGUGUUGUACUCCCCCCAGCAAUGGCUUCCUUGAACUUGUUCUUUUCUCCCGUUGUUACCCCUCAAAGAAGAGUAAUCAGAACUGCUGCCACAGCUGCAAAGUCCUCCGGCGCCGGAAGCACUGAGGAGAAGGGUUUCCUGGACUUCAUCUUAGGUGGUCUCACCAAAGAAGACCAGUUCUAUGAGACCGAUCCCAUCUUGAAGAAGGUCGAGGGGAAGACCACCGGCACCGUCGGCGGCCGAAAGAAUUCGGUCUCCGCGGCGCCCCCACCGCCCAAGAAGAAAGACGGUGGUGGGUUCGGGCUUGGUGGGCUGUUUGCCAAGAAAUGACCACCUGCAGAUUGGUAUCAUUUAUUCCGACACUACCAACAUUCUAUGUAUUUCUCAUUGUACGCACUACUUAUCAUCAUCAUACGUUUCCUUCUGUAAUUUGCUACUUGAUUCAAUUGCAUAUAUUGCUUUCCUAGUUGCAUUCUUA